AAAAUCCUCCGGAGCCUUGCGCAGAACCAUGCACGGGGUACCGCGUUUCGUCGAGCGCCUCGGCCACCUCCUGCGGCCUCCAGCCUCACCCUCCGGCCCGACCGCCUUUCCUUUCCGGCCACUGAGCUCGGCUCGAAUGGCUAGCCAAAAUUCCUUUCGGAUAGAAUAUGACACCUUCGGUGAACUCAAGGUUCCAAAUGAUAAGUACUAUGGUGCCCAGACAGUGAGAUCUACAAUGAAUUUUAAGAUUGGUGGUAUGACAGAACGCAUGCCGGUGCCAGUUAUUAAAGCUUUUGGCAUCUUAAAGAAAGCAGCUGCAGACGUAAACCAGGAGUAUGGUCUUGACCCCAAGGUUGCCAGUGCAAUAAUGAAGGCAGCAGAUGAGGUGGCUGAAGGUAAAUUAAAUGACCAUUUUCCUCUUGUGAUAUGGCAGACUGGAUCAGGAACACAGACAAAUAUGAAUGUAAAUGAAGUCAUUAGUAAUAGAGCAAUUGAAAUGUUAGGAGGUGAACUUGGGAGCAAGAAACCCGUGCAUCCUAAUGAUCAUGUUAAUAAAAGCCAGAGUUCAAACGAUACUUUCCCCACUGCAAUGCACAUCGCUGCUGCAACAGAAGUCCAUGAAGUACUGCUACCAGGACUACAGAAGCUACAUGAUGCUCUCAAUGCAAAAUCCAAAGAGUUUGCCCAGAUCAUCAAAAUUGGUCGUACUCAUACACAGGAUGCUGUUCCACUUACUCUGGGACAGGAAUUUAGUGCUUAUGUUCAACAAGUAAACUAUGCAAUGGUAAGAAUUAAAGCUGCACUGCCAAGAAUCUAUGAGCUUGCAGCUGGAGGCACUGCGGUUGGUACUGGUUUGAAUACUAGAAUUGGCUUUGCCGAGAAAGUUGCUUCAAAGGUGGCUGCACUUACAGGCUUGCCUUUUGUUACAGCUCCAAAUAAAUUUGAGGCUCUGGCUGCUCACGAUGCCUUGGUUGAGCUCAGUGGAGCCAUGAAUACUGCAGCAUGUAGUCUGAUGAAGAUAGCGAAUGACAUUCGUUUUCUGGGUUCUGGUCCUCGCUCGGGUCUGGGAGAACUGAUACUGCCUGAAAAUGAACCAGGAAGCAGUAUCAUGCCAGGAAAGGUGAACCCUACCCAGUGUGAGGCUCUUACCAUGGUUGCCGCCCAAGUCAUGGGAAAUCAUGUUGCUGUUACCAUUGGAGGCAGCAAUGGACAUUUUGAGUUGAAUGUUUUCAAGCCAAUGAUGAUUAAAAAUGUGUUACAUUCAGCAAGGCUGCUCGGUGAUGCUUCAGUUUCUUUCACAGAAAACUGUGUGGUAGGAAUCCAGGCCAACACCGAAAGAAUCAACAAGCUAAUGAAUGAGUCUUUAAUGUUGGUAACAGCACUUAAUCCUCAUAUAGGUUAUGACAAGGCUGCAAAGAUUGCUAAGACAGCACACAAAAAUGGAUCAACCUUAAAGGAAACUGCCAUUGAACUUGGCUAUCUCACUGCAGAGCAGUUUGAUGAGUGGGUGAAGCCUACAGAUAUGCUGGGUCCAAAGUAAUUUAAAUGUAUUUCAAAUAAAAGCAAUCUUGUUUGAAAUAAAAAAUAAGAAAAAUUCUGCAUUUUUCUUGUACAAAAAUGGAUAAACUUUUACAGAAAUCCCUAAUGAACUUGACUCUUCAUAGCCGAGCAUUUUGAUCAGUAUAUAAAACCAAUACAUACUCAGUCUUACAGUGGCUUUUAAAAAUCUAAAAUAAAUAUUUAUUUAAAAAUUUAAA